GAAAGACUUCCCUCUACCUCUUCAUUUCGACAUGAUAAUUCCCGCUUUCGACGAGUCUAAUGGCUCACAGAAAGACUUUUUAGCUUUCUUCUCGGAUGUUCUUGCUGAAAAUGUCACCAUUGCUAACUACGAAAGCGUUCUUGGAAAUGACUCAAAGGCCACUUACUGGUUGUGCGCUUCCAACGUUGACGAUGCCUUGAAGCUACUCGACGCUGGUGUCGGCAAGAUCAUUUUCAAUCUUGAUACCUACCUUCAAAUUGAGAACGAUAUCAACCACGUUUCACCCCAAAGACUCGGUGUGGUUGUCGGCUCAAGUCAGUCCCUGAGCAAAAUUCAGCAAGCCGCCCAUCAGCCCUCAGUUUACAUUUUGGCCGGUGACUUAGCAACCAUCGCUCAGGACUCCAACGUUGUUGAGUUCGCUGUAUCAGCCAAAAAGAACCUUCUGCCUGAAGGUGGUGCUCGCCGUAUCUGUGUUUUGACAGAUCGCGCCCCCCAAUUGGAGUUGAUCUCAAGCUUAGACAAGGUUAAUUUAGAUGUUAUCGUUCCCAAGCAAUUCUUGACAACCUCCUCUCCAGCAGAAUCAGGCAAGAUUAACAUUGGUCAAGCUUUCAUGGCCUCCGCUAUCACUGAUCGUGCCGACGGACUCUACCCCACCAUGGUCGUUGAUGAACGUAAGGUUGCAUUGGGUCUCGUUUACUCCAGUGUUGAAAGCGUUGCCGAAUCCAUUAAAACUGGCACUGGUGUCUAUCAAUCAAGAACCCGUGGUCUUUGGUACAAGGGAGCCACUUCAGGAGCCACUCAAACUCUUUUGAAUGUUCAAUUCGACUGCGACGCUGAUGCUCUUCAGUUUACAGUUCGCCAAAAUGGAAGUGGAUUCUGCCACCUCAACACAAAGUCAUGCUUUGGUGCUGAAAGUGGUAUUAGCGCUUUGGAGAAGACUUUGUUCCAGCGCAAACAAAAUGCACCAGAAGGCUCAUACACUGCUCGUCUGUUCAAUGAUGCCAAGCUUCUUAACGCCAAGAUCAUGGAGGAAGCCGAAGAAUUGUGUGAAGCGAACACCAAGGAAGACGUCGCAUGGGAAGCAGCAGAUUUGAUUUAUUUCGCCAUCACCCGGUGUGUUGCUGCUGGCGUUUCUGUCAGCGACAUUGAGAAGAACUUGGACAAGAAGUCAUUGAAGAUCUCUCGCAGACCUGGAAAUGCAAAGCCCAAGUGGGAGGCAGCACAGAACAACAGCGAAAAACCAGCAGCGCCUGCACAACCAGCUGCAGCUCCACAACCUGUUGCUACAGAGAGUGGACGUAUCAAAAUGAAUUACCACGAUGCCACUAAGAUCUCAUCAAAGGAGCGAGCGGAUCUCUUGAAGAGACCCAUCAUCAACUCUUCCGACAUCAUGAGCAGAGUCACUCCCAUCAUCAAUGCUGUUCGCGAACGUGGUGAUGCUGCUGUGCUUGAGCUCACUGCCAAAUUCGAUCGUGUUCAAUUGCCCACUACUGUCAUCAAAGCACCUUUCUCUCCUGAAUGCAUGCAGUUGGAUGAGAAGACUAAGGCCGCUAUUGAUCAAGCCUACGACAACAUCUACAAAUUCCAUGACGCUCAAAUGGAUAGAGAAACUUUAGUUGUCGAGACUAUGCCUGGUGUUGUUUGCUCACGAUUCGCUAGACCCAUCGAGAAGGUUGGUUUGUAUGUUCCCGGUGGUACCGCUGUUCUUCCCUCUUCAGCCUUGAUGCUUGGUAUCCCAGCCAAGGUUGCUGGCUGUAAGCAGAUCGUUCUUGCCACACCUCCUCGCCCUGAUGGAAGUAUUGUUCCCGACGUCAUGUACGUUGCUCACAAGGUUGGCGCCACUCACGUUGUUACUGCCGGUGGUGCUCAAGCUGUUGCCGCCAUGGCUUAUGGUACCGAAACCAUUCCCAAGGUUGACAAGAUUUGCGGUCCUGGCAAUCAGUAUGUAACAGCUGCUAAGAUGCUUGCCCAAAACGACUCUUCUUGCCUUGUUUCCAUCGAUAUGCCUGCCGGUCCUUCUGAAGUUCUUGUUGUCGCCGAUCAAAACUCAAACCCUGCUUAUGUUGCAUCUGACCUCUUGUCCCAAGCUGAGCACGGAGCCGACUCUCAAGUCGUCCUUGUUGCUGCCGGUAUUACUGACGAGAAAUUGGCAGAGAUUGAAGAACAAAUCCAUGUUCAAGCAUCACGACUCCCACGCGUUGAUAUUGUCAGACAGAGCAUCCCCAAGAGCUACACCCUGCGAGUAGCCAAUUUGUCAGAAGCUAUGGAUUUCUCCAACGACUACGCACCAGAGCAUCUUAUUUUGCACAUUGACAAUGCUGAAGAUGCUAUUCCCCUUGUUCAAAAUGCUGGUAGCGUUUUUGUCGGUGCAUACUCUCCAGAGAGCUGUGGUGACUACGCCUCCGGAACCAACCAUACCUUGCCUACAUAUGGCUACUCCCGCAUGUACUCUGGUGUCAACACGUUAACUUUCGUCAAACACAUCACUUCACAACAAUUGACUGCAGAUGGUCUUAACCGUCUGGGCGACACUGUUAUGCAGCUGGCUGAACGUGAGGGUUUAGAAGCUCAUCGUAAUGCAGUUGCUAUAAGAGUCGCUGAUUUGAGAAAGUAGAGAGAGAGAGAGAGAGAGAGAGAGAGAGAGAGAGAGAGAAAAAAAAAAUGCCCCUCAUUGUAUUUUGUCCUUCAAGAUUGUCAGAAUCUUUUGACUGAAUAAUAUAAAAUAAAAAGAAUUUAAACUAUUAUUAAAGAUGCCAUAAUGCUUAAAUUCAUCCGUUGCUCAAAGUUUAGCCUCAAGGAUGUAUCGUGGUGGAUUGUUCAUCAGCUUGUGAUGUUUUAUCAUAUCUGCCGCCUUCUCGGCAGUAGCGAUGACAGGCCAGCAGAUUUGACCACCAGGAAUACGAGGGAAUACCGAAGCAUCCACUACUCUGAGAUUUUUGGUGCCGUGUACAAUCAAAUUCGCAUCCACUACUGAAGUAGAGUCUGCUUUGGCGCCCAU